GUCAUUUGAAGCACCUGCUGGAGUGUUGAGGAGCAACAGGCACUAUGAACAAAUUUGUCAUUUUAUUUUACGUGCUUUUAAAGGUUCUGGCUGUUAACUGUCAAGGACGUAUUGUUGGCGGCUAUGCCCCUGUCCCCCACUCAAUCAGGUAUAUUGUGUCCUUACAGACCACAAGGGGGCAGCACUUUUGUGGAGGCUCUUUGAUAAACAGGUACUGGGUCUUGACAGCCGCCCACUGCAAUAUUGGGUCUGAUCAAAUAUUGGUAGUUGCUGGAGACUAUUCCCUCAGCAUGUACGAGGGCACUGAGCAGUAUUCCCAACCCCAGCGCUUGAUACCUCAUCCCGAGUACAACCAGAGCACCAACAAUGCCGACAUCAUGCUCAUUAAGCUGAAGACUCCUGUGGCUCUGAACGGCUAUGUUUCCAUUGCCCCACUGCCACGUCAAAAUGCCUCCAUGCCUGAGGGCAGGGUGUGCCGCGUCUCUGGCUGGGGCUACACCAGCUCCAACACAAACCAGAUCCCCAGCACGCUGCGCACGGUGAAGCUGCCCGUCAUCUCUUCUGUAAAGUGCAACAGCACCAACUCCUUCAACGGCAGCAUAACCUACAACAUGAUCUGCGCAGGCUACAGUGCCGGAGGCAAAGACGCGUGUAAGGGGGAUUCUGGUGGUCCGCUGGUCUGUGAGGGCCGUGUGUAUGGCAUUGUGUCCUGGGGGAAUGGCUGUGCAGAUGCCAGGUAUCCUGGAGUUUACACGGCAGUGUCCAAGUACAGAAGAUGGAUCGACAGGACCAUAUUUAGCUCUUAUGGAAGGUGCUCCAAAUACUAGAGACAGUAUGCCAUUUUCAUUGUUAAAACCAAUCCUGACCAAUUUGUUUUGUGCAUGGAAGGCGAAAUGACUACUAAGAGUUUUUCCUUAAAAAUGUUAUGUGUUAAGGCCUGUAUACAUCGGCUCCAGAACUGUAACAUGUGUAUUUUUGUAACAUGUAUUUUCCCUUUGCCCUCUUGAUAUUGCUGGAAGACCACGCAAGGCUCCCGAGAACUUGACCCUGUUUGUCCAGGUUCAGUGGUGAUCUUACAGCUUAGGCUCUGGGUCAUGCACAGUCAUAAAGGUCUCAUUUGCUCAAUCACUGUAUAAAUAUGUGGAACAUCCUUGUUAAUACAAAAGCCCAUUUACAGAUAUAUAUCCUUAAAAUACUAUUGUUAACACAGAUGUGAUUUGACAGUGGUGCCAUAGAAGUGCUGCAUUCCACAGUGCAAAAUUCACUUUUUCUAUCCACCACAUCUGUAUGAAAUUCCAAAACUGCUUGAGCAUUUGUCUAUACUGCUACAUGUCUGAAGGACAAAGGGAAUGCAAUGCUGGGAUCUAAUGGAUUUUGGUAAAUUUAUAGAGAUCUCAAACAAUUUGAACAGAAAACUCGGAUUAAAGAAUAAGAAGUUUCACGAUAUUAUAAUCUGACAUAAUAGUAACAUUGCAAACAUCAGUGUCUUUUACGGUAUAAUUUGUAUGACCUUCAAGGCAGCACUGACGCACAGACCUGAUCAGCCACUGUGCAGACGGCUGUGGGAAUGUAAUACCACUCCUCCUGUGCAGCUGUCGCCUUCUAGAAAAGCCCUGCAGCCACGACUGCGUCCUGUUUGUCUUAUUAAAUGACUAUCAAUUCAUAUUUGUAAUUUGAAUUUAGCCACUUUCAACUUUUCUUGCAUGCUAAACACUGAGCACCUUUGAGUACAAAAUCGCAUGACGUGCCUUCUGGAGAAAUACUCUCCUAAUAAUCAACUAACCUACUGCUUCAGCUCACUUUUUGAAAAUGGAAAUAACAUCAUGAAUAUGCUUAAGCUAUUAACCACAAACUUUGCCUCAUUAUGCCUCACCAUGCUUCUCCUUUGCUUUUUGUUUAGUUUGCAGCCUCAAUCUUUCAAUUAUGUUCCGGAAAUCAUUUUUGUCUUUCUCUGGAGCAACAUGCUGGUCAAUCUUAACAUAAAAUGUGUUGCCUGGAGACGCAUUUCACAUUUUGUUAUAGGUCU